ACUACCUUAACCUGUAAGGAUGUAUGUUUGCUGAAGGAAUCACACCGGGACGCCCGCUGUUGCCAAAACUGGGACACCGACCACUGCGAACGAACACCUGCCGAUGGGUCUUUCUGUCCACCUGGUUACAUCGCUGACCCAGACACUAAAGACUGCAAGCACGUAUGCAGCACAAUGCAUGCCAAAGAUAUAUGCGAUCAUGGAUGUACGCAGCUGGCUGAAGAUAAGGCUGACUAUACCUGUGACUGCAGCCCCUCACAGCAACUCGCAAAUGACGGCAUCUCCUGUGUUGAGAGAACGAAAUGUCGUGAAGAGGACGUCAUCAAAUGCGAGAGUGAACAAAAAACAUGCUUCUACGACAAAGGAAAGGCAGUGUGUCUUUGUCCAGACUACACCGUAGAAAUUAACGGCACUUGCAUUGACUCAUGCACAUCAGCAAAACAAAGCGAGUGUUCAUCCAUCUUCGGGGAAUGCAAGAUCGAAAACCAUAACGAGACGUGCUCGUGCAUUCCGCCCCUUCGUUGGCAUGACGACGAAAAGAAGUGCUUUUUAGAGAAGAUACAUAAGUACGUUACCAGCUUUCGAGUGAACGAUACAAACUCUCCGAGUGCAGAGUACGCUGCUGGUGAUUGCGGUGACAAGCACGACAUGGUGGAGCAAGCGAUGCAGAUAGUGUACGGAGUUUCGCUGACUGGCGUACGCAUUCUUCAGUGUUCUGAUGAGUACAAGGUUGAGCUCAACUUUGGAAGCGAACCCCCCGGUGUACUGCUUGACAAAAUCCGCACCUGUGAGCAUCCCGACGGAAAUGAUGACUGCUUCUUCCCGCCAGCUCUGCACAUCGUCAAGGACAGUGUCUCCGAUGUCAAAGAGGAAGAUCUCUGCGAAACUUACCUUACUGACAACCUAAACUAUCUGAAAGGACUCUACGUGUGUAAAAAAGAAGAUAAUGGACGUUAUGCCCUGCAUUGCUCGGAAAGAUACCAAGCCAUGGCGUCUUUCAGCCAGGGCAUGCUGGAUAUCGACAUAUGCACAGAGCAAAAAUGCGAGCUCUACUGCACGGGUCCGGAACGUCAGUGCGUGGAAGGGAAAUGCGUGUGCCACGUGAACUAUUACAAGAACGCCGAGGGCGUGUGUGUCCCUCAGUGCUCUAGGAAACCAUGCAAAAAUGGUGGCACUUGCGAAACUGGAGUGAAGACAUCCUUCUACUGCAGUUGUCCACCGUACUUCACGGGGCCGACGUGCGAAAUUCCAUUUCAAGCAUACGCUGACACACAGAAAAAGCUGACUGCAGUGGGCGUUGUUCUGAGUGUGCUCAUCGUGAUCUGUAUUGGUGCCGCAGCCGUUGUUAUACGACGAAUAAAGAACAGGAACUCACCAUGCGAGGAGAUGUAACAUAGUACGAAAAAGACAUUCUCGGAAACAAGGCAUCCAAGUCAAGUCAAGGCACGUAUGAUACGUGCUGGAUCUCAACCGCAGCACCAUGCUCACGAUAAUAAACACAAUUUU